AUGUCGGCCCCCAGGCAGGUGCAGAUGGACUCCAUCGACGAGACUAAGGUCGUGGUGUACUCUUCCUGUUGCUGCUGCUACAGCGGGUGCCUGCCGGAGAUUGCGGGAGUUGGAUGUGCCGCUCAGGAGACGCUCCUUUGCUUGGAGGCAGAUAUUUGCUGCAAGCUGGGCACAUCACCGCUGUGCUGUGGCUGCUGCGCGAUCCGCUGCACCGACAUCACCACGUGCUGCAAGACUCAGGGCCAGUGCUGCUGUCUGGUGAGCGGCUCUGCGUUGCCUCCUGACGCAGAGGUGCCUUGCAUGCUGAGCGUUUGCUUCCUCACUUGCUUCCCGAAGCCCGGCUGCUGCGUGCGGCUGGGCGAUGUCAAGGGAGGAAAUUGA